UGUUAAUUUUUUUUCCCGGUCAAAGGUCAUUCACAUGUUCUGCUGAUCAGCGGAAGAAAAUACUUACUGCCAGAGAUCCUGAUACAAAUGGGAGUUUCUGUGCCUAAAUCCAUGAGGAGAAAAUUAUAUGAUCAUGGCAACUACUAGGACACUUUUCAUCGUGCUUAUUUGGCUUUCAUUGUUGUAUUUUGGAGGAAUAUAUCUUUUCACGAAGGGCUUCCUUUUGACUCGAAUCGAGAUUGCUGAAAGGAGCGAAAAUGUGUGUGCAAACCCCGCCGGAGCAACGGGCGUGCGGCAUGGCAGUGAUAAGGGUAAAUCAGCUGCAGAGUGCACGCACCAAGUCCGAUUCAAAAGAGCUGUGGUAAUGCUAGUUGAUGCAUUGAGAUACGAUUUUGCAGUUUUUAACAAGAGCCUCCCAUCAACAGAAGCUGCUCCUUUUCAAAAUAAAUUGCCAAUAAUCCACGAAACGGUUACAAACUAUCCGGAACAAUCUGUCUUGUUUAAGGCGCUGGCUGACCCUCCCACCACAACUUUACAGCGAUUGAAAGGGCUCAUAACUGGAAGCCUUCCAACAUUUGUAGAUGCUGGGCAGAACUUUGCGAGCUUUGAAAUCUCAGAAGACAACAUCGUUGAUCAAUUUGUGCAAGCAGGAAAGCGGGUUACGUUCAUGGGAGAUGAUACAUGGACGAGCCUUUUCAAUAAUAAGUUCAAUAAAGCAUUUCCCUUUCCGUCAUUCAAUGUGAAGGACUUGCACUCCGUGGAUGAGGGAAUUCUGACAAAACUUCUGCCAGAAAUUAGAAAGAAAGAUUGGGAUGUAGUGAUUGCUCAUUUCUUGGGGGUGGAUCAUUGCGGCCAUUCUCUUGGUCCGUACCAUCCUUCGAUGGGAAAGAAGUUGACUCAGAUAAACUCUGUGAUUAAGUCUGUAAUGCAGAGCUUGGAUAAAGACACCAUCUUGUUUGUUCUUGGUGAUCAUGGAAUGACGAGAUCAGGAGAUCACGGAGGGGACAGUCAGGAAGAAAUCUCUACAGCACUGUUCAUAUACAGCCCCAAAAUGAUCAUUGCUAGAAGUGAUAUCAGGGCAAAGAGGAUACCAGAUGUUGUGUCUCAGAUUGACUUUGUCCCAACCCUCUCUCUCCUGCUGGGUAUCUCAAUUCCAUUCUCCAAUCUGGGAGCCAUCAUUUCUCCUCUCUUUACACUUGCCCCUCCAUCUGAAGCACUCGGCUCAAAGGACAACUGGCAGCAAAUUAAUCACAGAUUAGUUGCAUCCAGAACCAAUGCCAAACAGAUUCAUCGUUACAUCACGACCUACAAAGAAGUAGCUGGGGAUUUCCCUGCUGAAGUCUAUUCUGAACUAGAAGCUCUCUAUCAGAAAGCUGAAGGCCAGAUGAACCGCUUGGAAGCUCUCAUGGAUGCUGAUACAAUGUCAGAGGUCACAGAGGAGUCUCUGCUUGAUCUGGAAGAGCGCUUCAGGGACUACAUCCUAGGAGUGAAGGAGAUGUGCCGCAGUGUCUGGGCCAAGUUCGAGAUGGUCUAUGUCUACCAAGGUCUUGGUCUUGUGAUACUGACAAUCAUCAUGGCUGUGGUGAUCGUCACCUUACAGCAUUAUACCGAGCCAGAAAAGAUGGAUGAUCUUCUGCAAGGACUCACCAAGCAGCUGGUCACAUGGGCAAUGUGCUCUACUGGUGCUGGCUUCUUGCUCUCACAGAGUACCAUGCUGUCACCAGCCACUAGUUUGAUCUUCAUCCCAUGCUUCACAUCUAUUCUUGUCAUGGUGCUUCAUCUUUUCUCGGAGGUAUCCAAUGUCAGCAUAUCUAGGUUAUUGGGGUCUUUAACUAUUACUUCUGUUUUUCAGUCUAUUUUAGUAAUGUCACCGAUAUUUUUACACAGUGCUUUCAUGACAUCAGACAGUCAUGUGAUCAACGAGGGACGAGCAAUAGUGUUCUUUGUAAAAUCAGUGAUAACAUUUUAUGUGUUAGUGUUUUCACUUCAAAACUACAAGUCAUUUUAUUCUGACAAAGAGCAUGGAUAUGUGAAGGGGAGCUUCAAAUUGAAAAAGUUUAUAUCGAGUCCAGCUAUGUGGAUGGUCGUGCUUGGACUCGCAGCUUUAGUGUGUGUAAGAUGUAGCAGUCUGUUUGUCUCCUGUCGUGAAGAGCAGUAUUGGUGCACUCCGUCCAUUUUCAUGCAACCCUUGUCUCUGAUACCUUCAGAACAGUCCAAUUUACGGAGCUACAGAUUCCUACUCUCCAUUGCUUCCAUUGCCGCUCUUCCAUCUGUCCUCAUCUACCACCUGUCACAACAAGGUAACCUGAGUGACCUGUCUGGUCAGGUGUACUCCAUUCGCUAUGCAAUCCCGCUGGCUAGUGUCUGCAUCUGUAUGUUCUGGGGACAACAGGCGCUUCCUGAGAAGCUUCGAGAACAUUCUCCAGAAUGGCAACAAGUAGUGUUCCCUCAGAUCGCCUACGUCAUGAUCGCGGUGGCCGCCAUCUUGCAGUGGGCAUUUCCUCUAAACCUUCUGAUUGUGAAGAGACCCCCAAAAUCUGCACAAGAAAUCCUUGAUUCUGAUGGCGCAGACUCUGAGGAACAACCUCCAUUGGUGUAUGGACUCGGAACAGUCUUCAGUGCCACUUACUUGCAUAUUCUCGUCUCGAUGGUUCUCUUACUUUCUCUUUUGAAUGCUGAUGGGAUGGCUACCUCUGUGUUCCUCAUGGUGGUUGAGGCAGUUCUUUUCUUGGAGAUUUAUUCUGCUACAAGGAGAAAACAAUUGACAGCCUUGAGAGCCAUGCCAGAAUUAUACAAAAUGGGAUUCUACAUAGUGCCAUGGUAUGUAGUAGGUGUGUGGUCUCUCAUGGCCUCACAGUACUUCUUUGCUACUGGUCACCAGGCAACAUUCACUGCUAUCAAGUUUGAUUCAGCUUUCAUCGGAUUUAAUGGAGACUUCCCUCGUUACCUAUACUUCAUCCCAGCUGCAUUAGUUAGUCUCAAUACCUUUGGCUCACAGAUUUUCUUUGCUGCUAUGCUUCCCCUGAUCCUGAUCUGGCCCUUCACUCGUGGUCUCUGGGUGACAGGAAACAAGGUGAUCCAGGAGGAUGAGCAGCAGGGUGAACUCAACCUUCAUACUAACUCAGAUCAAGCUAUGAGGGCGCUCUUUCAGAUCUGUACCAUGUUCCUAGUCUUCCAGGCUUGUGAUCUUGUAGGUACCAUGGUGGCAGCAGCGGUCCUUCGUCGUCAUCUGAUGGCCUGGAAUGUCUUUGCUCCAAGGUUUAUCUUCCAGGGCGUGGCCUUUGGUGUCACCGUCCCAACCGUCCUCAUCACAUUCCUCUUCUUUGCCUACAUGCAGAGAUGUCUGGCAGGGUGGAUUAACAGAAUCCCAUCUUAAAGGGACUUGGUAACAUUGUUCAGAUGAAAUAAAAUGUUGCUAAC